GGUGCGUGCAAUUUAUUAUUAUUAUUGUGGUUUGAAUAAAACCACAAAAAAUCAAACGGCGAGGAGAAAGCAACAUUAGGGUGUGUCCAGAACCAAUUGCAAUUGCCAAUUUACAACGAACUACGCAAUAGCCUCAUCCUUCUUCGACUCCCUCUGUUGUAUUUCACUGAGAGAGAGCAAAGGUUAAAAAGGGAACCACAACCAGCGAGCAUAAAUUCAUCAACAAAAGCCAUAUCAAUUAGCUUAUAUUGGAUGGCAAUAACACCUUUUGGCAGUACAUCGGCUGCACAAUGGGGAAUUCGUCCUCAGCUAUUGCUAAGAUCCAGUUUGACAGGCAAGGUUGCAUCAUCCAGCAACAACUUUCCUUGCAGUGUUAGGUUAAGCUUUUUUGCUGCAACAAGUUCAAGUUUUUUUUCUCAGAAUUCCUUGCAUAUGCUUCUUAAUGUGGGCUCAUCCCAAACAUUUAAUCGUCACAAGGGAUCGAGGUUGAUUGUUAGAGCAGAUGCAGAUUAUUAUUCUGUCCUUGGGGUUUCAAGAAAUGCUAGUAAACCUGAAAUUAAGAGUGCUUAUCGGAAGCUUGCUCGGAAUUAUCAUCCAGAUGUGAACAAAGAACCUGGAGCUGAACAGAAAUUUAAGGAAAUCAGCAAUGCAUAUGAGGUGUUAUCAGAUGAUGAGAAACGAUCCAUAUAUGACAGAUUUGGAGAGGCUGGGCUUAAAGGUUCUGGAAUGGGCAUGGGGGAUUUCAGCAAUCCUUUUGAUCUGUUUGAAUCACUGUUUGAGGGCAUGAAUCGUGGCGCGGGUCCCAGAGGUUCUUGGAAUGGAGCAAUUGAUGGUGAAGAUGAGUAUUACAGUCUUGUUCUGAACUUCAAAGAAGCAGUUUUUGGUGUAGAAAAAGAGAUAGAGAUAAGCCGAUUAGAGAGUUGUGGAACUUGCAAUGGUUCAGGUGCUAAACCAGGGACUACACCAUCCAGAUGUAGCACUUGUGGAGGUCAAGGCCGGGUUGUCUCAUCAACAAGAACUCCAUUGGGCAUUUUCCAGCAGUCAAUGACAUGCUCUUCAUGCAGUGGGACUGGAGAGGUUUCAACACCUUGCAAUACAUGUUCCGGGGAUGGUCGGGUGAGGAAAACAAAGCGGAUAAGUCUGAAGGUCCCAGCCGGUGUGGACUCUGGUAGUCGAUUAAGGGUCCGAAAUGAGGGGAAUGCUGGUAGGAAAGGGGGUUCCCCUGGUGACCUCUUUGUUGUUAUUGAGGUUAUCCCAGAUCCUGUCCUUAAACGAGAUGACACCAACAUCUUAUACACCUGUAAGGUUUCUUAUAUUGAUGCUAUCCUGGGGACUACAAUUAAGGUCCCUACUGUGGACGGAAUGGUGGAUUUAAAAAUUCCUGCUGGAACUCAACCGAACACAACACUGGUUAUGGCUAAGAAAGGUGUACCCUUGCUGAAUAAAAAUAAUAUGAGGGGUGAUCAAUUGGUUCGUGUGCAAGUUGAAAUCCCUAAAAGACUAAGCAGUGAUGAGAGAAAACUCAUUGAGGAACUUGCUGAUUUAAGCAAAGGCAAGACUGCCACUGGUAGGAGAUAAUAUUUUGUGGAACAGUGUAUCUAUCUACGUAUUUCUACUCCUGCAAGCAUUCUCCUUUCGCGAAUGAUCAUUCUUGAUUACACAUUUUCGGAGGACAAAAUAGCAGCUAUUGAACUCUCGAAUGAAACUGUGUUAGUGCCGGUGGUUUUAUUUGUUUGUCCUUGGAAACGGGCACAGAUGAAGAGCAGAAGAAAUUAGUGAUCCUUUUCUUCGUUGGAACUUACACUUGUAAUUUAUUUUAGGGUGGGGUGAUAUUGAAUUUGAUGUUAUCUUUAUUUCCAAAAAUUUGACGCUCUAAGAAAAAAAGGAAUAGUUAUUAUAUACUUACAUAUAUAAAAAGAUUUAUUCCUUAUUACCAG